UCCGGAGACUGGAUUUCAGUUACCGAGUCUGCAGAGCGGCUCUGGGCGGCGCACUGCGCAGGCGCGAGCGUUUGGGUCUCGCCGCGCGCGGCGCUCGGUUGUAGCGGGAGUGAGUUCCUGGGCGCGGAGACCCGGCAGCGGGUGACGGAGCGAGGGGGUGACCGACUGCCUCCCCUACCGCCAUGGCAGCCCUGCGCUACGCGGGCCUGGACGACACGGACAGCGAGGACGAGCUGCCCCCGGGCUGGGAGCAGAGAACCACCAAGGACGGCUGGGUUUACUAUGCCAAUCACACUGAAGAGAAGACCCAGUGGGAACACCCGAAAACUGGAAAAAGAAAACGAAUAGCGGGAGACUUGCCGUAUGGAUGGGAGCAAGAGACCGAUGAGAACGGACAAGUUUUUUUUGUCGACCAUAUAAAUAAAAGAACCACCUAUUUGGACCCAAGACUGGCGUUCACUGUGGACGAUAAUCCUACAAAGCCGACCAGCAGACAGAGAUACGACAGCAGCACCACCGCCAUGGAGAUACUCCAGGGCCGGGAUUUCACUGGCCAAGUGGUUGUGGUUACCGGAGCCAAUUCAGGCAUAGGGUUUGAAACUGCCAAGUCUUUUGCCCUCCAUGGUGCACACGUGAUCCUCGCCUGUAGGAAUAUGACAAGGGCCAAUGAAGCUGUGUCACGCAUUUUAGGAGAAUGGCACAAAGCCAAGGUAGAAGCAAUGACCCUGGACCUCGCUCUGCUCCGUAGCGUGCAGCAUUUUGCUCAAGCGUUCAAGGCCAAGAAUGUAUCCCUUCAUGUGCUUGUGUGCAAUGCGGGGGCUUUUGCUCUCCCCUGGAGCCUCACCAAGGACGGCCUGGAGACCACCUUCCAGGUGAAUCACCUGGGACACUUCUACCUUGUCCAACUCCUUCAGGAUGUCUUGUGCCGCUCAGCUCCUGCCCGAGUAGUUGUGGUCUCCUCAGAAUCCCAUAGAUUCACAGAUAUUAACGAUUCCUCUGGCAAACUGGACUUCAGCCGCCUUUCUCCAUCUAAAAAUGACUACUGGGCCAUGCUGGCUUACAACCGGUCUAAGCUGUGCAACAUUCUCUUCUCCAAUGAGCUCCACCGCCGCCUGUCCCCGCGUGGGGUGACGUCGAAUGCCGUGCACCCUGGAAACAUGUUGUAUUCGUCCAUUCAUCGUAACUGGUGGGUGUACACGCUGCUGUUUACGUUGGCCAGGCCUUUCACCAAGUCCAUGUGUCUCCUUUUGACACGAGUGUUGCUGGGGUACCCAUCGCAUUGCCCAAGGUCACGGAAUGGAGGAGCACAGCCCACCCUUGUGCUCGGAAGCCCUGCCUUUGCUUCUCCACUGUAGCUGGCUCCCUUAAGUAUUAAACAGCAGUAUUCUAAUAUCAACGUCCCUUCUUUAUUUGCUGUGACUUGCUGUGACUACGGUGAUUUUAGUUACAGUAAUUAGGUCACCCUUCAUGGAGUCAGGCUAUUUUAAGUGCCUCUUUAAGGAAUAUUGUUGCAGAUCAGUAAUUUUACAAUUGGAUGUUCUUGUGCAACUUUAUUAAAUGUAAUCUGUCUUUUAAAUGUUGCCCUUUUACAGUUAUACAUUUCUAAUUGUUGCUGUAAAUGCAUUAUCACUUUGAAAUUAAUUAAUUUUUCCAUUUUGGCUGCCUGCAGUAUAAUAAUCACUAAUGAGAAACUCAUAGGGAUUAAUCUCAGCACAGCGACCCCUACUGGUAAGGCUGUGUCUUUGGCACCGCGUCCCCUUGAGGUCUGGAGGGUAGGACAAGUGUUUGAGGGGUGUGUGGGGGAAGCAUUUGUUUCCUUUCCCUCCAACUUGUGUAAAAAUAAAAAUAAUUCAUACCAAUGGGAAUAGGAUUUUUUUUAAGUAAUCUUUACACCCAUUGUGGGGCUUGAACUCACAACUCCCAAAUCAAGAGUCACAUGCUCUUCCUAUUGAACAAGCCAGGCGUCCGGGGAAUAGGAUUGUUUUAAAAUAUUGUUUAAAAAUAUGCAGGACUCUGGUUCCUCUUGAAACAUCUUAAAGCUUGGUGGGAGCUUUUUGAUAAUGAAGUCACAUCCACCAUGGCUACGUUAUACAUUAUUUUCUUGUCUCCCUAGCUUUCUUUUAUGCAAUUAACAUACUCUAAAAUUGUAUUUUGCAUAUGUGUGCAUGAAUAUAUACUGUCAGAAUAUAUAAAGUGCUCAUACCUUGGUAUUUCUCCAAGGAACUUAAUUCACAAAACCAGGCCUAUUGGAUUAUUGGGUGAUAGAAGAGAUUUCCAAUUUUGGCUCUUGGCAAUCAUUGCCACUUGGUGACUUUAGACUCCUGCUGUGCCCUGAGGUAGGAUGUGACUUUGCACCUUAGUCCAGACCCUGUGAUGCUUUAAUUCCUCACAACGGUUCCACACAAUGCUAGAAUGAUUAUCCUCCCUGGUAGUCAAGGAACACAGAGAACUCACCCACAUUGCCUUGAGACCCUUCACCGGCUCCUCCCAAGUACAUUUGCCUUGUCUGAUGCACCACAGCGUCCCCACUGUGUAGAUCUCCUCGUGCCGUUAUUGUUUCCUUUUUAAAAUGCUUGAGAGUACCUUCAUGAACUUAACCCUCGGCCUUUUUUGUUUUGUUUUGUUUUUUGUUUUUUGUUUUGCUUUUUCUUUUUUUGCCCCACGUAAACUUUCAGUUCUGGUAAACAACGCAUUAGCUCGAGUUCCUAGGUCCAAGCCAGCCCUUUGCAGAUCGGUAUGUAAAUUUGAAGCUGAGCUCUGUCACGUGCCUCUGAGGGUGUUUUGUGUGACCAAAUAUUUAUGUUGGCAGGUAACAGUAGAAAGAAUAUCAUGUGUUAGGGUAGCAGGAGCUUAGCAGAUGUUUUAGGGAGCUGCGUUUUCAAAUCAUUUUACAUUAAAAAAUGGCUCGAGUUUGUCGAACUUCUGGAAUGAUUGAGUUACGUUUCCUGUGGCCGUGUAGAGGCAGUCAUUGGACUGAGUUUUAACAGAUGUGCGGCCACCCCGCUAAUGGAUGGAUCUGCACCACCGGUCCUGUUGCAAAGUUAUAAAUUAUAACUAGAAAAAGCACAAGAUGCCAUUCUUCUAACCUUCGCGAAAGCCAAGCUGGGUAAUUCUGCCCUUGAACGACCCGCCGCAGGGUGAUUU